AUGGACCUUGAGCUUCUUUCAGUCUUCUUUAAGAACCGAGUUCUUCUUUCGACAGAUCUUCCAAAUUCGCGCAAGAUUCCUUUGUUGUUCCUAUUUCAUGCAUCCCACAAUGCUUUGCAAACCGCGUCUGUUUCCAGCCAAUCAGGUGCGUCGCCCCCAGAAUCUGGCAGUCAAUCAAAUGCUGGGACCUGCAUACCAAAUCCAGUAGAUUCCAUCCUCGUACUCCUCGCUAGGAAAUGCAAGAGAAAAGCAAGUGCUUGUAAUUUGCACGAGGGACACAAAACACGAGCUAUGGAGGACCUUCAAGACUCCAGUCUCAGUGUUCCUAGUGCCAUGAGUAUCGCUGAUGAAUUGAAGGAUGAUUUCUACUUCAACCUUCUGGAUGACUUCCUUGGAUCUCAGAACGGUGAAUCAUUAGAGUUGGAUCAAAAGCCCUGCACGAACCGACUUCUGGUGCAAGUCGGUCUAUUGAAGGAGGAUAAUAAUGUUUCAUGGGUGAAUAUAACAAAAUGGCUUCAGAAGAUUUUUCCAGUGUUCCAGUCUGCAGAUUUCCGAGGCUUGAUUGAAAGGAAUACAGAGACAGCUAUGAGCUUAACCGGAGACUCCAGAGAAAGCUUUCUCGAGUCAAAUGUUAACUUUGAAUUUGUGGGACCAAUAUGUGAUAGCAUUGGCAUCAGCAGAACUGAUUUGCUUGAAAUGUCUGAUUUUUCUGACCGUGCAAAGUUAACAGACGUUACUAAUGGUCUGAUACUAGAACUGACCAGCUUUAUUGAAAGAGAAAAACUUGACCCAGUUGUUCUGGUGUCAUGGCUUUAUAAUUUCGACCAUGCAUUCUGCAGUGACGGUAAAAUCCAUAAAGCCAAUAAACUCCUUCAGUCGAGUCUGGAAAGGUUCAGGAUGCAGUGUCGAAAAAAUCAAACAAGAAGAAACCGGAGCAAUGGACUGUACGAUGAAUUUCUUCGGAGUCCAUUUCGUCUUACCCCUGAUGACUCUGAUGAUGAUGACGACCCUGAAUACAGGAGGGUGUCGAUAAUCAAAGGGCAUUUGAAGAGAAAGCGUCUUUUAUUUCAAAGGAACCAAAAUUUACAGAGGGCCAAGAUCAAAGAAGAAAGAGAACCGUUUGAUAUCUCAAACUCCCACUCAGAAUACAAUCAAAAGCCACAUGACUAUAGACAAAACAGACCAAAGCUGGAAUGUGACAAUGACUCUGACCAGACGUUUCAACUAAGAAAAGUAAAGAAGGAAGACGAUAAUCAUUGUCAGCCUGUUGAGCCCAUGUAUGACUCGGAAGUCAAGGCACGGGUUGAUACCGGCGAUUGUUUAUCCAUCCUCGAUAUCUCUGUGCUGUCUUUGCAAAAACUUACAGAAAUGUACGGAGGGAGAACUGAUGGGGCCAAUCUGGUGUCUAUGGAUCUCCUCAAGAAUCAGUUUGCUCUAAUGCUGAAAGAAGAUCUCAAGAUGCAGUCCCUGAAUGAACAGGUCUUGGCCUAUAACUCGGCUGGAAAGGAACCCCUGGUGCCACUGCCUUUGAAUUUCCUUCACUGCAACACUCAUUUCCUUCUCAACUUUAUUGAUGCUGUUGAGAAGCAAAUGAUGUCAUUUGAAAGAGAAAUUGUGAACACUACAGGGGAUAAGCUUGGACGAGACAAAAACCCAAAAUUUAAAGGUUUUUUAAACUUCGAAGAGAGUGCUGUCACUCGGUACAUCAACAUGGCUUGUGAAAUCUUGUGUCCAAGAGGAGAAAGCAACAAUAAUUACAGAAGGCACUGGCUUGCUUUUUGCAUUGAGAGGAAUAACCCUUCUAGGUUACCUGUCAAUCAAUCUAAUAGGUUCAUUAACUAUUUUGAGGCAGCAGCCGCACUUGUUCACCAUUACAGCGAUGUUGCACUGUUUGUGUCUGACCUACAGCUACUAAAAGAUGAUGCAAAUAUUUUUCUAGAGAGCAUUAAUUCUGAUGCCAGCGAUGAAGCCAUACAGGCUCUUGUCUGUGUGGUGGCUGUAGUGUACUGUAAAGUCUUGGGUCCCUUUUGGCAGCUCCUGAAGAGUGAUGCCCAGUAUGUGUUGUUCAGCAAGUACCUUUUCUGCCUUUAUGAAAAGCUUCUAGAGUGGUCCCAGGAUGCAUCUGUUCUCUUGCAACCCGAGGCUGUAACUAAUGUGUUUCUCCAGGUUCCAAUGCAGGAGAACAACUUUCCUGGUGUAUUUUCCUUCUGCCAUGGAAAUGCAAACAAUCAGUAUGGGGCACUAAUGAAGGAAUGCUUACAGAGGAUGAUGAAGGUCAUUGCAGCUGUAAUGGAGGAAAAUCUCAAAGACUUCUUACCUGGAGGCAUGUACUGCAAAGAUCCUUCUGGGGAACUUGUGGAACAGUUUGCUAGCUGCACGUUGUCCCAGUUGAUGGGUGAGUACCCGUUUGGUCAUGCAUACUCCUACAACAAAAACAGGCCAGAUAAAGCCCAAGUGCAGGCCGAGGAUAAUGCGUCAGACUAUUCAGAUGAUUAUGAUGCUAUCUCUAUUCCUCGAUCUCCUGCUGUCAAGAAACGUUCAAUUUCAAAGCCGUACGUCAUGUUUGACAGGGCAAAUCUGCGACCAUUGAGCAAAAUAAAAAAGAAAAGAAAAUUGAAGAAGUUGGUCAAUAAAAGGCCACAAAAUUUAAAAACGCAAGACCCAAAUUACAGGACAACUAUAAUUGCUUCAGUCACAAAGAACGGAGGCCCAUGCAAAAGCAUUCAAGAUGUUGAUCAGUUGCUUUUGAGAAUGGAAGGAGCACACUAUUCUCAAAAGCGAGAGGCUGUUCGCUCAGAGUUAAACUACCAAAAGUUCGUCAUUGGUUGCCGAGACAAACGGCUACACCGCUUAGGCUUCUCUCUGUCAGACCUGGUCAGCAAACUGAAAGGCAUCUUGCCUGGCGAGAACCAGUCCACAAGCUUAAUAACCGAGCCGACUGAAAAUGUCGCUGGGUGUGAGGCGAGUCCAAGUGUUUCACAAUCUACACCACAAGAACAAACCAUGAAUCAACCACCUCAGCCUUUCAACAAUAACAUUGAUUUAAAGAACAAAGGCAACUGUUCAAUCUUUCAGAGUUACAAAGAGAAAGUCUUUGAGUUUUCACCUGAUUCAUAGUUCAUGAUUUUCCAUCAUUAUUUUUUUAUUAAAAAAAAAUAAAUAAACGCCUCUGUUUUCUUUUCUUUUUUUUGGGG